UACCUUGAGAGUUUUCGGGAGCAACACAGUAAAAAACUUUUAACAAUGGCUCCAACUACUCAAGAGAGAGGUCACCAGGGCCAAGAACCUGAUAUGGAGACGGUGCCAGAUGAGGCUGUCGUCAUAUCUGGGGUGUCGGGUCUUAUGCCGGAGUGCGCGAGCUUCCUGGAGCUUGGUGAUAAGCUUUUUAUGAAGCAAAACCUGGUAGCCAAGCAUAACCGUUGGAGGAACUUCAGCCACCCAGAGCUGCCAGAAUACUACGGCCUGCUGCAAAACGUCGACAAAUUCGACGCCCAGUUCUUCACUGUGUCCUACAACUUGGCGCACUCUUCGGAGCCUGGCUCCAGGAAGCUGUUCGAGAACACCUUCCAGGCCAUCUUUGACGCUGGAAUUUGCCCCCCUGAGCUGUCAUCCAAAAAAGUCGGGGUAUUCUUAGCCUGUGCUCUGUGCGAUUCUGAGAAGGCUUGUUCCAAGUUAGACGUGUAUUAUGGUCUGGUUGGCUGCGGCAGAGCAAUGUUCUCCAACCGUAUAUCCUUCUGGCUGAACCUGAAGGGUCCCUCCUUCACCCUGGAUGGUGACGCGUGUGGUUCUGGGGUGGCACUAGAGCAUGCCUGCCAAUCCAUCAUGGAAGGUCACUGCGAGGCCGCUAUUGUGGGGUCGGCGAAGAUCCUUCUGCAUCCACAAAUUCCUAUCCUUUAUAACAGAGAAUGCCCAAUGAAUUUCGAUGGCAAAACUAAAUGCUAUGAUGCAAACGCUGACGGUCACUCACUGUCAGAAGCGGUCAAUGUUAUGUUUCUUCAAAAGUACAAGGAUGCUAAAAGAGUUUAUGCCGUUGUACGUCAUGCAAAGGCAGAAUUCCGUGUCUCUAACGAGGAAAUGACCUCGGAGUACCUCAAGGUACCCCGCGAUGCCCAAGUACUGACAAACUUCUACAAAAAGUUCUAUGAGGAAGCAGGAGUGUCACCCUCUUCUGUGGAAUACGUUGAAGGAAUUGGCGCAGCAAACCCUGAGACAGACAAGAUGGAGCUUCAAGCCUUAGAGCAAGUAUUCUGCAAGGACCGCCAACGGCCCCUGUUGGUCGGCAGCAUUGCUUCCAACAUGGGCUACUCGGAGGCAUCGGCUUCCAGUUGUGGGAUCUUUAAGAUGCUCCUCGCCUACCAACGGGGUAUGAUCCCAGCAACCAUCAACUGCGCCACCCCUCGCCAAGACAUCGCAGCGCUGAGAGACGGACGCAUGUGCAUCGCGACCGAGCACGUCCCACUGCUGGGCUCCUUCACCGCCGUCAACGGGUAUUCUCUCACUGGUCUCAACAGCCAUGUUCUUCUAGAAAAGUUCCAGAAGAAGAAGGAUCUAGCCCGUUACCACACCAACAUGCCAUACCUCGUACUGGCGUCGGGAAGACAAGAGACCUCUGUCCAGAUGAUUCUUGAUGACGUCAUGUCACGUCAGCCGGACCCUGAGGAGAUCGCGUUGCUCCACAAUAUUUUCAAGAACUGUAUCGGCCAGCACUUGAUUCGAGGAUAUGGAGUGUACUCAGGCACUAACGAAAAGGUUACCACACAUAGUAAAAAGAUGGACUACUGUGAAGGUGAAAAACGUCCGUUAUGGUUUGUGUACAGCGGUAUGGGGUCUCAAUGGGCCGGGAUGGGAAAACAACUCAUGAGGAUACCUCUCUUCGCUAAGUCGAUCCAAAAGAGUCAUAAAAUUCUGGAACCAAAAGGGUUAGAUCUCAUCAAAAUCAUAACAACUGAAGACGAGGCGAUAUUUGACAACAUUUUGCACUCGUUCGUCGGUAUCGCCGCCAUCCAAAUCGCUUUGACUGACAUCUUGAAAGCCGUUGGAUUGGUUCCAGACAAUAUUAUUGGUCACAGCGUAGGGGAGCUAGGUUGCGCGUACGCCGACGGCUGCUUCUCAGCCGAGCAAGUGCUACAGCUGGCCUAUCUUAGAGGCUACCUGUCCUUGACCACUCCCAUGGUGCAGGGCGCCAUGGCUGCCAUCGGAUUGGGGCACAAACAGAUCUCCAACCUCUGUCCACCUGAAAUCGACGUGGCGUGCCACAACAGUGCCACUUCCACUACCAUUUCUGGCCCCGCUGAAGUGGUGAGGGCGUUUGUUGAAAAAUUAACGAAAGACGGCAUCUUUGCGAAGGAAGUCAACUGUUCUAACAUUGCCUACCACUCCCGGUACAUCGCUACACUUGGUGCCAACUUCAUAAAGAACUCACGGAAAAUUGUCAAAACCCCGAAACUGCGAAGUGAUCGUUGGCUGUCUUCCUCUGUGCCCCACGACAAAUGGACCGAGCCCGAAGCACUAUAUUCUUCAGCUGAAUAUCACACUAAUAAUUUGCUGAGUACCGUAUUAUUCGAAGAAACGCUUCGCUUUGUGCCAUCCAACGCUGUCUUGGUGGAGAUAGCCCCUCAUGGUCUACUUCAGGCGAUUCUCAAGAGGGCUCUGUCUGUUGACUGCCAACACGUGCCUCUCACUCGAAGAGGGCAUCAAGACAGUACCGUCUACUUACUGGAAGCUAUUGGGAACCUUUACAUCCAUGGCUACGAACCAGACGUCAGCGCUUUGUAUCCGAAGGUAGAAUUCCCAGUGUCCACAGCGACAAGGCCGCUGUCACACCUGGUAGAAUGGGUUCACUCAGAAGAAUGGAAAAUGUGUGGUUUCGAUCAACCAGAAAGCGAGUGGUACCAUGCAGAACAUAACUUGACUAUCUCGCUAGAAGAUGAUGAUUAUCAGUACUUGUCAGGGCAUAAGAUUGAAGGUGUGUGCGUAUACCCUUUUGCUGCGUGCUUGGUAGCAGCAUGGGACCUUCUAUGCAUGACUCUGAACCAAGAAGCAAAGAAAGUGUCGGUUCAGUUCCUGAACUUGAAGUUCUACUCGCAGAUGACCUUACUUGAACAUCAUCUUCAAUACAUCACUGUUACUCUGCAGAGGGGAAGUGGACAUUUUGAGGUAUUUGAUGGAAAAGUUGUACUUGUAGAAGGUACUAUAAAUGCUAUAGCGAAGGUCGUCGUUUCUGAGUCAGUUCUACCUGAAACCGUCACGAUGCAAUUGAACAAUGAUGACAUUUACAAAGUAUUUUAUGAACGGGGACAUGAUUAUUCAGACCAGUUCCGCUGUAUACACAGUACAAAUACUUCUAUGACUGAAGCUAAAAUUCAAUGGACUGAUAAUUGGGUAACGUUCAUUGAUGGCCUCAUACAAAUGAACGCACUGAGACAAAAACACCAAGGAGUCUCUCAACUAAGCUACAUUUCUCGUCUCACCAUUGAUUUCAAGCAAAAUAUAAGUGAUAGAGUCUAUUUUGAUGACCUGCUAUGCGCCAAGCAUGAUUUAACACAAGGACGAACUAUUUGCAGUGGAGUAAUGAUUGAGCAAAUUAUAUUCAAAGACAAACCUUUACCUAAGAGGCAAGAAGUGGUAUUAAAAACGUUAAAAUUUGUGCCGUUUUAUCAAAACGACAACAUGGAUCUCACCAAAGCGAUGACCAUCUUAAUGCAAAUGAUUAGUGAACAUAAAAGCAAAGACGAAAUAACUAUAGCUUUCGUUAAUGCUCCAAACAAACUUGAUUAUGCUAAGAAGAUCGAAAAAGUGGUGAAUAAUUUAUCACAAUUAAAAAUAAACAUAACAUCAGUGAAGCUGCAGGACAUUUUGGUUUUGAAACCUUUGGAAAAAACACCUGAUGCAGUGUUUCUGCAUGAUCUGCUCUCUGAUAAAAAGAUCUUCGAAGCUCUCUACCAAAUUCUUGUUCCUGAGACUUUGGUCAUCAGCAUUGGAGCAGAUACGAAAGAAUAUCCCUUAUCGAUAUACAAACCAGUCUCUGUCAUAGGCAGUGGUAAAACUAAUGUGGAACUGGCUAGAUUCAGACCAGCUACUGUACCAUCAAAAACUACAGCGAUUUCUGUGCGUAGCUUAUCUGAUGUUGACCAGUACCGCGUCAAGUGUGAAGAGUUGACACCAAACCAUAGGCUUUUAGUCCUGGCACCAUAUCCGACACCAGUUGGUCUGAAAGACCAGGUCAAUGUGUGGAGGAAGCAGAAUAGAAAUGUUUCUAUGGUCAUGUUUGAUCAGCGGAACGUAAUGGAUAAGGAGCUUGAAAAUAUACCGGAUAUGCCAUUUAGUUUGCUGCAUAAUGGGGUCUGGGGAAGUGAGUACUACUUGCCUGUGUCCGAUUCGGUUCCAACUAAAAAUACAGUGGCGUUACGUUGCUCCCAACUGGGAGACCUCAACUCGCUAAGCUGGGUAGAAGUCAGCGAACCAGUGGAAAAGCGCGGAGUUGAUGUUACGGUACACUAUGCUGGACUCACCGCUAUGGAUGCAUCGAAAGCACUUGCAGAAACACCAGAAGGAUUGGUAAAAGAAGGAUUUGGGAUGGAUUUCAGUGGAGUUACUGCAAGGGGUGAAAGAGUAAUGGGACUGUUACCAAGAGGAGCAGCAUCUAAUAAAGUGCGUGUUGAUCCUAACAUGUUGUGGCCUGUACCAUCCCACUGGACUUUGGAAGACGCUGCCACUGUUCCGUAUGCCUACGCGCAUGCUAUGUAUUGUUUGUACAUAAAAAUUUGGCUCAUGCCUGGUAUGAACGUGUUCAUAUACGGCGGAGCAGGGGCGCUCGGGCAGGCUGCGAUAUCCAUCGCGUUAGCUCACGGGUGCCAGGUCUUCACCACCGUCAAUGACGUCAGGAAGAAACGCUUCUUGAAGAAGCUGUUCCCUCAGUUGAAAGAUCAACAUAUUGGGAACUCGCGUGACGACGCCUUCCAAUCUGUGGUCAAGAAUGCCACGAAGGGUGAGGGUUGCGACAUAUUCCUCAGUUGUGCUAAAGGGAACUUGAAAAAGAGAUACUUCUCCUGCAUUGCCCUCAAUGGAAACAUUAUAGAUACCGCACAACUGGUAUCAAGAGAGAACAUAGAGUUCGAAUACCGAUUCUUGGCUCGGCAAGUUUCUUACCACGCUGUUGACUUCUCCUCCAUAUUUGAUGAGGGAAAAACAUUGGAAAUUAAAAAAUUGCAAAUAAUGCUAAGCGAAGGCAUCAUCCGAGGAUACGUGCGUCCUCUCUCACGAGUGACUUACGAGCCUCAUGAGACUCCGCGCGCCUUCCGAUUGUUGACUGCAAGUCGACACCGAGGCAGAGUGCUGCUUAGUUUGAAGGAGAAGACGCUUGUGGUUGAACCGAGGAUAUCCUGCCAUCCUUCUAGCAGCUACGUCGUGGUCUACAACGAUGAGAUGCUAGGUCUGCGAGUAGCCGAACUCUUGGUCGAACGUGGGGCCACUAACUUAUUUAUUCAUGGAGAACAGACUUCGUACUUGCACUAUAAAAUAGAAACUUGGAAGAAACGUGGAGUUCGUGUGAAGGUUUCUUCAGCCAAUUUGGUGAUUAAAGAAGAAGCGAUGGAUUUUCUCAAAUACUCCAACAGUGUCGGUGGCAUAGACGGCAUCUACGUCGUUUCUUCAAACCUGGGGAAUAAUCAGAAAGCCGUGGCCUCCAUUUUGUCCAACUUGGACUCGGUUUCAAGACAACUUUGCCCUAAUCUUAGACACUUUGCCUUGAUAAGUGAGAAUGAUAAGUCGUGGCGAGAAAUCUUAAGUAAAAGAGCUCAUGACGGUUAUCCUGCCUUGUCAUUGCAGUUGCAGCUGAAAAAGUAUAUUGAUUCCGAAGAAGUAAACAAUCAAACACCUUCAAGCGAUUCAAGCCUCGCCCUUCACAGCGCUAUAAGCGCUAUAGAGAAGGCGCUCUACAGCAAAGAUACCGUCGUCCAAGCUUUUGCACAGAAGAUUNAAAAGAUAGUUCCGCGUAACAUACUGGAAGAGGUGGCGAGGAUACCUGGUGUGAACAUAACCAACGCGACGGUGGACAGGACGAGCUUGGAACAGGUGGGGGUCGACCAGGGCCGAGCACAGGAGCUCUGCAACCUUCUGGAGGACAAGUUCCAGAUUACGAUAUCACCAGCUGAUGUACCGCAAAUGACCAUUGGACAAUUAAAGCAGUUAAAGGUGGAAACCGAAGAUCUAGAAAAAGAAGUGCCCGGUUUCGGGGCGUAUUUGAACGUAUUCGAUGAAAAAGCAUUAGAAGCCACUGCCAACAUUAUCGUGUUGCCGACACUCGUACAACGAGACGAAUGUAAACUCGAAGAUUUCCACGCAAACUUCGAGUAUCUAUGCAUAGUGCCAGGCUUAGACGGGCAUCACGGCCGGUUCAGGUCUCUGUGCGAGCGGUUGAAGAUAUCCGCGGCUGUGCUGCAGCCGGGAAACCAGUACCCGCACGAGACUGUGACAGAAACAGCACAAAGGAUGGCUAAGGUUAUUAUGCAGUACAUGAAACCGAAGAAAGGGUACAAUAUUCUGGGGUACGAAUACGGCGUGCUGGUAGCCUUAGAAAUUGCGUCUAUACUUGAAAGUUAUGGCUACACUGGAACUCUCUACAUGGUUGGUGGAACUCCCGAAGACAUCCGCGCGUCUUUCAACGAACAGUGGAAAGAUUAUGAUGAUAAUGCAGUGCAGAACGAACUUCUCCGGCAUAUGCACACCUUGAUCACCCAAACCACCUCCCCUGACCUGGAAGGCAUUCUUCAGAAAGCCAAAACCUGGCCAGAAAAGGUCAAUUCUCUGAUCGCAGACCUAAAAAACAAAGUGCCACACUCCAUCCAGUAUAUGAGAAGCACCAUAGAAGUGAUAUACUCCAGGAUCAAGCAGUUGCAAAACUACAGCAUUCAACCACAAAAAUUAAAAUCCAAAGUGGUGCUCCUUCAAGCAAAACCUUACAGAUCGUCUCUAGAAUCCCUCAAACCAUAUUCUGACCAGGAACCGUCCCUGAUCAAGCUUCGAGCGAAGCUUCAUUUGGCUCACAAAGACUUGAGCUGUUCUAAUAUUAUCAACAGGUAUCUGCACCCUGAAAUCUUGGAAGAAUAUGAGAAGAGCAACCACUGUGUUAAGCUGUAUGUGACCGUGGAGGAGAAAUUGAAGAUGAUUGGUGUAAAAAUAACUAGUAAUGAGUAAUUCUUGGAUUCCCUAAAUAAGAAUAAACUUUUUUGACUCCUUUCCUAUAACGGACUUGAUAAUUUAUUAUAAACUUUGGUUGGUAAUUUAAACUGUUGACUGUUAAAUGUUUUACAGUUCUAUUCAUGUUUGUU